AUGAACAGAGCCCAGGUUCAGAGCCCAGGUUCAGAGCCCAGGUUCAGAGCCCAGGAACAGAGCCCCAGAACAGAGCCCUGGAACAGAGCCCAGGAACAGAGCCCAGGUUCAGAGCCCAGGAACAGAGCCAGGAACAGAGCCCCAGAGCCCAGGAGCCCCGGAACAGAGCCCAGGAACAGAGCCCAGGUUCAGAGCCCAGGUUCAGAGCCCAGAGCCCAGGUUCAGAGCCCAGGAACAGAGCCCGAACAGGAACAGAGCCCAGGAACAGAGCCCAGGAACAGAGUCCAGGCAGAGAGCCCAGGGCAGAUCAGAGACCAGGAACAGAGAACAGAGCCCAGAACAGAGUUCAGGAACAGAGCCCAGGUACAUAGCCCAGGAACAGAGCCCAGGAACAGAGCCCUGGAACAGACAGAGCCCAGGAACAGAGCCCAGGAACAGAGCUCAGGUUCAGAGCCCAGGUUCAGAGCCCAGGUAGAGCCCAAGAACAUAGCCCAGGAACAGAGACCAGGAACAGAGCCCAGGAACAGAGCACCAGUACAGAGCCCCAGAACAGAGCCCCGGAACAGAGCCCAGGAACAGAGCCCAGGAACAGAGCCCAUUUACAGAGCCCAGGAACAGAGCCCUGUAACAGAGCUCAGGUACAGAGCCCCGGAACAGAGCCCAGGAACAGAGCCCCGGAACAGAGCCCAGGAACAGAGCCCAGGAACAGAGCCCAGGAACAGAGCCCAGGUUCAGAGCCCAGGUUCAGAGCCCAGCUACAAAGCCCAAGAACAGAGCCCAGGAACAGAGCCCAGGAACAGAUCCCGGGAACAGAGCCCGGGAACAGAGCCCAGGUUCAGAGCCCAGGUUCAAAGCCCAGGUUCAAAGCCCAGGAACAGAGCCCAGGAACAGAGCCCAGGAACAGAGCCCAGGAACAGAGCCCAGGUUCAGAGCCCAGGUUCAGAGCCCAAGUUCAGAGCCCAGGAACAGAGGCCCGAACAGAGCCCCGGAAAAGAGCCCAGGAACAGAGCCCAGGAACAGAGCCCAAGAACAGAGCCCAGGUUCAGAGCCCAGGUUCAGAGCCCAGGAACAGAGCCCCUGAACAGAGCCCAGGUUCAGAGCCCAGGUUCAGAGCCUAGGAACAGACCCCCGGAACAGAGCCCAGGUUCAGAGCCCUGGAACAGAGCCAAGGAAGAGAGCCCAGGUUCAGAGCCCAGGUUCAGAUCCAAGGAACAGAACCCAGAAACAGAGCCCCGGAACAGAGCCCAGGUUCAGAGCCCGGGUUCAGAGCCCAGGUUCAGAGCCCAGUUUCAGAGGCAAGGUUCAGAGCCCAGGAACCGAGCCCAGGAACCGAGCCCAGGUUCAGAGCCCAGGUUCAGAGCCCAGGUUCAGAGGCAAGGUUCAGAGCCCCGGGAACAGAUCCCCGGAACAGAUCCCAGGAACAGAGCCCAGGAACAGAGCCCAGGAACAGAGCCAAGCAAGAAAGAGAGCCCAGGUUCAGAGCCCAGGUACAGAUCCCAGGAACAAAACCCAGAAACAGAGCCCUGGAACAGAGCCCCGGAACAGAGCCCAGGUUCAGAGCCCAAGAACAGAGCCCAGGAACAGAGCCCAGGUACAGAGCCCCGGAACAGAGCCCAGGAACAGAGCCCCGGAACAGAGCCCAGGAACAGAGCCCAGGAACAGAGCCCAGGAACAGAGCCCAGGUUCAGAGCCCAGGUUCAGAGCCCAGCUACAAAGCCCAAGAACAGAGCCCAGGAACAGAGCCCAGGAACAGAUCCCAGGAACAGAGCCCGGGAACAGAGCCCAGGUUCAGAGCCCAGGUUCAGAGCCCAAGUUCAGAGCCCAGGUUCAGAGCCCAAGAACAGAGCCCAAGAACAGAGCCCAGGAACAGAGCCCAGGUUCAGAGCCCAGGUUCAGAGCCCAGGUUCAGAGCCCAGGAACAGAGCCCCAGAACAGAUCCCCGGAAAAGAGCCCAGGAACCGAGCCCAAGAACAGAGCCCUGUAACAGAGCCCAGGAACAGAGCCCAAGAACAGAGCCCUGUAACAGAGCUCAGGUACAGAGCCCUGGAAGAGAGCCCCGGGACAGAGCCAAGGAACAGAGCCCAGGAACAGGUUCAGAGCCAAGAGCCCAGGAACAGAGCCCAGGAAGAGAGCCCAGGUUCAGAGCCAAGGAACAGAGCCCAGGAACAGGUUCAGAGCCAAGGAACAGAGCCCCGGGAACAGAUCCCCGGAACAGAUCCCCAGAACAGAGCCCAGGUACAGAGCGCAGGUUCAGAGCCCAGGUUCAGAGCCCAGGAACAGAGCCCAGGAAGAGAGCCCAGGUUCAGAGCCAAGGAACAGAGCCCCGGGAACAGAUCCCUUGAACAGAUCCCCAGAACAGAGCCCAGGUACAGAGCGCAGGUUCAGAGCCCAAGAACAGAGCCCAGGAACAGAGCCCAGGAACAGAGCGCAGGUUCAGAGCCCAAGAACAGAGCCCAAAAACAGAGCCCAGGAACAGAGCCCAGGAACAGAGCGCAGGUUCAGAGCCCAAGAACAGAGCCCAGGAACAGAGCCCAGGUACAGAUCCCAGGAACAGAGCCCAGGAACAGAGCCCAGGUUCAGAGCCCAGGUUCAGAGCCUAGGUUUAGAGCCCAGGAACAGAGCCCCGGAACAGAGCUCAGGUUCAGAGCCCCGGUUCCGAGCCCAGGUACAGAGCCCCGGAACAGAGCCCAGGAACAGAGCCCAGGUUCAGAGCCCAGGUUCAGAGCCCAGGUUCAGAGCCCAGGUUCGGAGCCCAGGUUCAGAGCCCAGGAACAGAGCCCCGGAACAGAGCCCAGGUUCAGAGCCCAGGAACAGACCCCAGGUACAGAGCGCAGGAACAGUGCCCAGGAACAGAGUCCAGGCAGAGAGCCCAGGCAGAGAGACCAGGAACAGAGCCCCGGAACAGAGUUCAGUUACAGAGCCCAGGUACAUAGCCCAGGAACAGAGCCCAGGAACAGAGCCCAUUUACAGAGCCCAGGAACAGAGCCCCGGAACAGAGCUCAGGUUCAGAGCCCCGGUUCCGAGCCCAGGUACAUAGCCCAGGAACAGAGACCAGGUUCAGAGCCCAGGAACAGAGCACCAGUACAGAGCCCCAGAACAGAGCCCCGGAACAGAGCCCAGGAACAGAGCCCAGGAACAGAGCCCAUUUACAGAGCCCAGGAACAGAGCCCUGUAACAGAGCUCAGAGCCCAGGAACAGAGCCCCGGAACAGAGCCCAGGAACAGAGCCCAGGAACAGAGCCCAGGAACAGAGCCCAGGUUCAGAGCCCAGGUUCAGAGCCCAGGUUCAGAGCCCAGGUACAAAGCCCAAGAACAGAGCCCAGGAACAGAGCCCAGGAACAGAUCCCCGGAACAGAGCCCCGGAACAGAGCCCAGGUUCAGAGCCCAGGUUCAGAGCCCAGGUUCAGAGCCCAGGUUCAAAGCCCAAGAACAGAGCCCAGAACAGAGCCCAGGAACAGAGCCCAGGUUCAGAGCCCAGGUUCAGAGCCCAGGUUCAGAGCCCAGGAACAGAGCCCCAGAACAGAUCCCCGGAAAAGAGCCCAGGAACCGAGCCCAAGAACAGAGCCCUAUAACAGAGCUCAGGUACAGAGCCCUGGAAGAGAGCCCCGGGACAGAGCCAAGGAACAGAGCCCAGGAACAGGUUCAGAGCCAAGGUUCAGAGCCCCGGGAACAGAUCCCAGGAACAGAGCCCAGGAACAGAGCUCAGGUUCAGAUCCCAAGAACAGAGCCCAGGAACCGAGCCCAGGUACAGAUCCCAGGAUCAGAGCCCAGGAACAGAGCCCAGGAAGAGAGCCCAGGUUCAGAGCCAAGGAACAGAGCCCAGGAACAGGUUCAGAGCCAAGGAACAGAGCCCCGGGAACAGAUCCCCGGAACAGAUCCCCAGAACAGAGCCCAGGUACAGAGCGCAGGUUCAGAGCCCAGGUUCAGAGCCCAGGAACAGAGCCCAGGAAGAGAGCCCAGGUUCAGAGCCAAGGAACAGAGCCCCGGGAACAGAUCCCCGGAACAGAUCCCCAGAACAGAGCCCAGGUACAGAGCGCAGGUUCAGAGCCCAAGAACAGAGCCCAGGAACAGAGCCCAGGAACAGAGCGCAGGUUCAGAGCCCAAGAACAGAGCCCAGGAACAGAGCCCAGGAACAGAGCGCAGGUUCAGAGCCCAAGAACAGAGCCCAAGAACAGAGCCCAGGAACAGAGCCCAGGAACAAAGCGCAGGUUCAGAGCCCAAGAACAGAGCCCAGGAACAGAGCCCAGGUACAGAUCCCAGGAACAGAGCCCAGGAACAGAGCCCAGGUUCAGAGCCUAGGUUUAGAGCCCAGGAACAGAGCCCCGGAACAGAGCUCAGGUUCAGAGCCCCGGUUCCGAGCCCAGGUACAGAGCCCCGGAACAGAGCCCAGGAACAGAGCCCAGGUUCAGAGCCCAGGUUCAGAGCCCAGGUUCAGAGCCCAGGUUCAGAGCCCAGGUUCAGAGCCCAGGAACAGAGCCCAGGAACAGAGCCCAAGAGCCCAGUUCAGUUACAGAGCCCAGGAACAGAGCCCAGGAACAGAGGAACAGAGCCCCCAGAGUUCAGUUACAGAGCCCAGGUACAGAGCCCAGGAACAGAGCCCAGGAACAGGCCCAUUUACAGAGCCCAGGAACAGAGCCCAGGUUCAGAGCCCGGUUCCGAGCCCAGAGCCCAGGAACAGAGCCCCGGAACAGAGCCCAGGAACAGAGCCCAGGAACAGAGCCCAGGAACAGAACAGAGCCCAGGUUCAGAGCCCAGGUUCAGUACAAAGCCAAGAACAGAGCCCAGGAACAGAGCCCAGGAACAGAUCCCAGGAACAGAGCCCAGGAACAGAGCCCAGGUUCAGAGCCCAGGUACAGAGCCCAAGAACAGAGCCCAGGAACAGAGCCCAGGUACAGAUCCCAGGAUCAGAGCCCAGGAACAGAGCCCCGGAACAGAGCUCAGGUUCAGAGCCCCGGUUCCGAGCCCAGGUACAGAGCCCAGGAACACAGCCCAGGUAGAGAGCCCAGGAACAGAGCCCUGUAACAGAGCUCAGUUACAGAGCCCCGGAACAGAGCCCAGGAACAGAGCCCCGGAACAGAGCCCAGGAACAGAGCCCAGGAACAGAGCCCAGGAACAGAGCCCAGGUUCAGAGCCCAGGUUCAGAGCCCAGGUUCAGAGCCCAGGUACAAAGCCCAAGAACAGAGCCCAGGAACAGAGCCCAGGAACAGAUCCCAGGAACAGAGCCCAGGAACAGAGCCCAGGUUCAGAGCCCAGGUUCAGAGCCCAAGUUCAGAGCCCAGGUUCAGAGCCCAAGAACAGAGCCCAAGAACAGAGCCCAGGAACAGAGCCCAGGUUCAGAGCCCAGGUUCAGAGCCCAGGUACAGAGCCCAGGAACAGAGCCCCAGGAACAGAGCCCAGGAACAGAGCCCAGGAACAGAGCCCAAGAACAGAGCCCUGUAACAGAGCCCAGGAACAGAGCCCAAGAACAGAGCCCUAUAACAGAGCUCAGGUACAGAGCCCUGGAAGAGAGCCCCGGGACAGAGCCAAGGAACAGAGCCCAGGAACAGGUUCAGAGCCAAGGUUCAGAGCCCCGGGAACAGAUCCCAGGAACAGAGCCCAGGAACAGAGCCCAGGUUCAGAUCCCAAGAACAGAGCCCAGGAACAGAGCCCAGGUUCAGAGCCCAAGAACAGAGCCCAGGAACAGAGCCCAGGAAGAGAGCCCAGGAACAGAGCCCAGGAACAGGUUCAGAGCCAAGGAACAGAGCCCGGGAACAGAUUCGGAACAGAGAGCCCCAAGGUUCAGACAGGUUCAGAGCCCAGGAACAGAGCCCAGGAAGAGAGCCCAACAGAGGAACCCCGGAACAGAUCCCCGGAACAGAUCCCCAGAACAGAGCCCAGGUACAGAGCGCAGGUUCAGAGCCCAAGAACAGAGCCCAGGAACAGAGCCCAGGAACAGAGCGCAGGUUCAGAGCCCAAGAACAGAGCCCAGGAACAGAGCCCAGGAACAGAGCCCAGGUACAGAUCCCAGGAACAGAGCCCAGGAACAGAGCCCAGGUUCAGAGCCCAGGUUCAGAGCCUAGGUUUAGAGCCCAAGAACAGAGCCCAGGAACAGAGCCCAGGUACAGAUCCCAGGAUCAGAGCCCAGGAACAGAGCCCCGGAACAGAGCUCAGGUUCAGAGCCCCGGUUCCGAGCCCAGGUACAGAGCCCAGGAACACAGCCCAGGUAGAGAGACCAGGAACAGAGCCCUGUAACAGAGCUCAGGUACAGAGCCCAGGAACAGAGGAAAGAGGAAUAGAGGAACGGAUAGAGGGAUAG